GGCGUACCAGUCACAGGCUGACUUUUCAACACGCCACAGUUUACGACAUGUCAAAACGAAAGCGCCAAGAAGCCGUCGACGCCGAUGAGUCUGGAAUUUUGGAUCAAGCGCUUCGAAUCAGAGUUUCGAGACUCAAAGCGCGGCUGGAGCAAUCACAGAAAAGCCUCGUGGCGGCGUUGAAACUCGCUCGCGGCAUCGAACGACAAAAAUUAGGCCGACGGCAGAAGACCGCAAGCAGCGAUCCUCAUACUUUACUAAGGCUCCGUGAAGAGGUAAUAUGCCUCAAGCAGUUGGAUCUCACCCACACGGCCAAGAGUCAACUUUUCAGACAUUUAUUCAAAACCAAAAGAAUCAGGGAGCACCCUGCUUUCAUUGAAAUCUAUGGACCCAACCCGUCGGUCGAUUCAACGGGUACAAGGGCUGGUGCAGAAGCCAAUGUCCUUGCAAGGCUGUUCAGCGCUGCGCCAGUCAGAACAGCCAUGCGGGAGAUCGUCACAACCGUUUUUGGUAUUUUAGGUCUAUCCGCCAACCCUAAGGAUGAUACUCAGAAAGGUCCAAGUGACCAUACUCAGCCAUCAGAAAAAGUUGCAGUCGAAGACCAUGACUUCGACGGCUUUUCAAAUUCAGGUUCCGAUCAAGAUGAAACAGAAGUUUAUAUCGACUCUAAAAAUGGCCCGGCUGAACCAAGGUCAUCCCACAAUGGACUGACAGCUGAAAUGCCGUCACCCUCGCUUUCUGAAGCCGACUUGAGCGAUGACAGCUCCGAUACUCUUGACGGCCAACUCACACGGUCGACAAAUAUGAAGCCGGUCUCUAAAACGGCGUUUCUUCCAUCCUUGAGUAUGGGUGGAUACUAUUCUGGCUCCGACUCAGAUGAGCCGCCCGCCUUUGACGACGAGACAGCAGGAACUAUCCAAGUACGUAAAAAUCGGCGUGGGCAAAAAGCCAGACAGCAAAUCGCAGAAAAGAAGUAUGGCGCAAAGGCGAAACAUCUUCAGAAACAGAAAGACAACCAUGAUAGAAACGCCGGGUGGGACGCGAAAAGAGGGGCCAUCACAGGUCGAGGGGAUGCUAAGCGAGGCUUUGCUACCAGAGACAGAGGUAAAGCCUCUCAUUCACAUGCACGAGGAGCACAAAGACAUGUUGAGACAGCACCACAGAAGAAACGUGACGAUCAGGGCCCAAUCCAUCCAUCCUGGGAAGCCGCCAAAAAGCGAAAGAUGCAGUCUCAAGCUCCGGCCCAGUUCAGUGGGAAGAAAAUCACAUUUGAUUGAUUCACGCCACACUACAUUUGCACAAUCGUCCUCAGGACAUAUUGGACUCACUCUAAAUUAGCCAGAGAUCUUAAUCACAAGCUUGAAGCAGUUAUG